AUGACAUCAUCAUCAGAAGGAGAGAUUCUUCAAGUUGGACAGGUCAUCAGAGAACGAUGGAAAAUAAAAGCGAAGAUCGGUGGCGGUGGAUUUGGAGAGAUCUACGAGGCAACAGAUGUUCAGAAUCAUCAUGAACGGGUAGCAAUAAAAGUCGAAUCUAGCAAAGCGACAAAACAAGUGCUCAAAAUGGAGGUCGCAGUUCUUCGACGACUUCAAGGCAAAAAACACGCGUGUAAAUUCUACGGGUGCGGACGAAACGACAAAUUCAAUUACUUGGUGAUGAGUCUGCAAGGCAAAAAUCUGGCGGAUUUGAGACGAGAAGCGCCGAAACAGUGUUUUAAUUUAAGUACGGCCGUUCGAGUUGGAUUACAGAUUCUUAAUGGAAUUCGGGAAAUUCAUUCGAUCGGAUUCCUGCAUAGAGAUGUGAAGCCAUCCAACUUCGCAAUGGGUCGAACAUCUCAAACGAUGCGAAACGUGUACAUGUUAGAUUUCGGUCUCGCUCGUCAAUAUCUAAACGCAAAAGGCGAAAUCAGAAGUCCUCGAAGCGCGGCUGGAUUCCGUGGAACUGUUCGAUACGCAGCAGUAACUGCACAUAAAAAUAAAGAAAUGGGACGACAGGAUGACCUGUGGUCCCUUUUUUAUAUGCUAACCGAGUUUCUGCAAGGACAAUUACCAUGGAGAAAGAUCAAAGAUAAGGAUGAAGUUGGAAAAAUGAAGGAGGAAGCAGAUUUGAAUGUUCUUUUGGAGGAUUGUCCGAAUGAAUUACAUCUAUUUGCGGCACAUUUGAGAACUCUUGGAUAUGCAGAUACUCCGGAUUAUGGUUACUUGGAAUCUCUUCUGAAUAAAAUUGUAAAAGAUAAUGACAUCAGUUGGGAAGAACCGUACGACUGGGAAUUGGGUUACGAUAACAUGGCGACACGACAAAAACAACAAACAAAUGGGAAUAUAUCAGCUCGAUUGAAGUCCCAUACGACAGCAGUUAUCAGAGAUCAACGAAAUGAAAACAGAGCCCUCGAUACACAAGCACCGAUAACAAUGGGAGAGGACGAAGACGAGCAGACGAAUGGACAGAUGGCAAAUCUUGGGGCGGGGUUCGAAAGUACACACGAAAAAGCUGCGGAGAAACCAAAGUACAAAAGACACGAAUUCCUAAAACCUAAAUAUGGAACUGUAAAUUUGGAUGUAAUUGAUGCGGUGAAUGCAAGAUUUGCUGCUUGCGACGAAGAAAACUUCAGAGGAGGAUCUGCAGAUGUGGAAGCAAACUUCCAGUUGCCAUCCUCGAUUCUGAAACAACAACCACAAGUGGCUGAGUCGUCACUAUCGAUUAAGAGAGUAGCAGGACUACCAGUUGAUAAAAAUAGGAGUAAUAAAUCUAUAACCCUAUCCAUUAACAACCGUUAUAAAUCUGGUGCAAAAACAAACAAGAUCUCAUCAUUCGAUAACACAAACGCUCAAAUGGACGACAAUUCAGCGAAUAACGUGAGAACCGCUCAGACGAUAAUGAGCAAAUGGCAAGGAUCAUUCGACGCAAGUUGUGAAGAAAUGAUGGAUGGAGCGGAUACGGAAGAGAAGGCUCAUGGAAGACUCAAUCCAGCAUUUCCUGUACCCAAAGCAUCACUACUCUCAACGCCAAGAUCAAUGGAUUCGAAUACAUCACCCGGUGGAAACUCACCAUCGUCACCGAUGAAUCCAAGAGCAUCUCCUAUUCAACAAAGAAGAUUAUCUCGAUCUGAAAAAGACCGGAAUGGAAUGCAUCGGACUGCAAGCUGUGGAGCACCACAGUCCAACAGUAUCAUCAGUCAUUUCAAGGGAUUGAUUAAUUCUUUCAACAAUCUCGGUGUGGGGAGUCGGUUAUCAAGGACAACAUCAAUAGACGAGACAGCGAAUCGGCAGAAUUCUGCACCACCACCACUAUCUCAACACCAGCAAAUCAACAACUACCGAAACGAUGAUAACAGUUAUGGAAUGAGGCAUUCGACGUCGAUGGGAGUCCAGAAUAGUCAGAAUACGCAGAGGAUCAGUGCAACAUUCAAUGCAUUCGAAUCACCGGAAGAACGGGAACGAAGAAGAGAACGAAGGAUGAGGAGAAGGAGUGUGGAGAGCAAUGGAAGAGUCGAGCUGGAAACGCCACCUCCAUCAGUUCGAUCUCCGGUCGUCGUCAACAAAUCAUCUGUCGUUCAUGCACCAUCAAACUCUCCUCCUGUCAAAAUUCGUGAUAACGGAAUCGACGAAGAAUUCCGAAUUCCUCUUGAAGAGAACAACAAACCACUACUUUUCUACAAAAGAAAGCGAUAUCAAUUUCUGAAUUUCCCGAGAACUUCUUCGAAAUCAUAG